ACAAAAAUUCAUUCAUUCGUCAGUCAAUUUAAUGUUGUAAUUUAUAUUGUAAAUUUUGUUUCGUGUCUUGUCUUCACACAUUCUCUCGUUUUUCCAAUUUAAAUUAGUAUUUUUAAUGUACACUUGUUAGUUAUUUUAUAACUAGUGUCAGUUUUUUCGUAUCAUACCAGUCAUGCUUUAAUAAAAGAAAAAUGACUGUGUUUUGGUGAAGAAACAACACUCCAUGUUGGUAGUUAAAAAAAAAGUAACAAUUUUUCUGUAGGCAAAAUAGAAACAAUAUGACGAAAUAAUAUUUUUAACUAUUGAAAUGACUGAAAAGGGUUACGAGGGUGAUCACUCGUCCUCCUCAUGGGAUAUUCCUGGACCAUCGUCAUUGGCCGCAAUAUUAGAUACUGUGUUCACAUCUUCUGCUUCUGAAAAUCCAUCUAGAAACGAAGAAAUGGAAUGUGAUGCUCUAUUUGCUGAGAGUGAUGAUGAAGUAGAGGUGCUUCCUACAUCUUCUGAAGCUGCACACACUAGCAAUAAUGAAACAACACCUAAACCAGUAUCAUCAAAUUAUGUGAAUUCAACAACUCCAACACAGCCAUAUGAAGUUAAUUUGGCUCCUUUGUCACAUCCAAUGUCAUCACGUACUCCUGUCCCAGAAGAAUAUCAGCCUCUACCAGAUAGCUCUAGUUCACUUGGCUAUGUACUUACAGAAAAUACUUCUGAAAACACUAAUGCUCAGCGAAGAUUCUCAGAUGUGAAUAUUCGUUAUCAACCAAAACCUGUAGGAGUCAAUGAAAGAGGUUACUACUAUCCAAAUUAUACCCAUUAUGCUGCAGGUGUUAGACCACCUCAAGAAUAUAUUUUUACGCCAUAUCACUCUAAUAAUGUUAUAGUUCUUAGUGAUGAUUCAAAUUAUCUACAACAUCCAUUGCCAUAUGCAAUGCCGGCUAAUCAAACACAACCUGAGGAAAAUAAUGUUUUACAUCCAGGCUAUGAACGGUUGCAGCCAAAUAUGUUUAGUCAAGUCCCUACAACCCUCAAUAACCAUAUUAAUGAAAACCAGGCUUUAAAUAGUCUAGAGAGACCUAGUCGUAAACUUAAUAUUUCUCCUAGAAGAAGACAGUCUAAAGAGAAUGAAUCGGUUAAUGCAAAUUUGAUUGAAGUCAGUUCAGAAGAGGAAGAUAAUGUAUUAGUUCCAAGAAAAAAACAAUGUGACAAAGGGGCUGGCCAGCAUCUAUCCAGUUUGCCAUCUGAUAUCACAAUGGAUGUAGACACUAAUCAUAAUUCUAGUGAAGUACCUAGAGUCAAUAUAAAAAGCGAACCACAUGAUCAUGUUGAAGUAUUAACACAAGGUAGUGAUGACAACAAUACCAAUAAUUUCCAACAGAGUGAACGUAAUUGUAGUUGUCAAAGGCAUAAUCAAAGUCAACGCUGUGUUCACAUCCAAUCUCAUCAACAUGACUGUGUCCAAAAUGCUCCAAUAACGCAUAUAAAACAAGAAAACUUAGGUUCUGUUUCCCAUAACCAUGGCUAUACUUGUAGAGUGAAUCAUAACAUGUCUAAUGCUUGUAAUCGUGCACAUGUAAUACAGACAGAUGUCCCUAGAGAUAAUCCUAACCCUAGUCAUGUAAAUCGUUUAGGAGGAACCAACCAUCACUGUCACAGAACAUUUAUGAGUUGUUCACAUAGUGCAGAUAAUUCUUCUUCUACAAUACAAAAUUCAUCUACUUCACAAGUUAAACAAGAGUUUGGAACACAAAACAUAAAGAAAGAGACUGAACCUCCAGAAGCACAAACUUCAAAAGAAACUCCAAUAUCAACAUCUCCUGGGACUGUUAAAAUUGAGGGUACAAUUCGACCUAGAGUUAAAAUGGAGCCAAAUAUAGCAAACUCUCAAAGAGACAUCAGUCACACUACAUCUGUCAAAGUAGAAGCACAAAUAAAUGAAAAUACAAGAAUGUGUUGUGAAAUUGAUUCAGCUGGUGAUAGAAGUUCUCCACAACCAGGCACCAGUUCUGGACAUGGAGUCCAUGCUGGUGACAAUGGAUCUUGCAAUAAUCAGGAGAAACGAACAAAUAUGAAUGCUGGCGCUGGGGUAUUAUCUGCACCUGACUUGCAACUCGAUUGGGUGUCAGACUCAGGCUCAGAAGAUGAUGUACUGCUUUUAGAAGAGGAAAAUAAUCCGCGUACUGUGAUAGAUCUAACAAGCUCGCCAGGACAAGCGCAGACCCCGGCUUCCGCUGCGGGGCCGGCGUGUGGCCCGAGACCAGACCCAGGGACGGAAAGUUCGGGCUCGCCACCGGCCGCGGGACAGGAGGGCAGCACCGACCCUCCCUGUGACGAUUCACCCAUCAUCCCGCCGGUGUAUCAGCACAAUUCGCAAACUUCACAUCGGCAGAUAAUGCCGCGGAGAAUCGUUCGCAUUGGGAAUUGCUUGUCAUCGUGUCGUUGUUGCUGCCCGCACACGCACGCGCACCCGCCGCCGGCGCACCACGCGGCGCACGCGCACCACGCGCACCACGCGCACCACCCGCACUCGCACCACCCGCACCACGGCCACCACCCGCACCACGCGCACCCGCCACGCCCGCCGCCCGCCAACCACACGCUGCUGCCGCACACGCACCACACGCCCAUGCACGCGCACUUGGGUGACCGUCGACGAGAUGGGAUGUCCAUCGCUCCGCCGUAUCUUGUUCACGAACGUUUGUGGCAACGUCAGCAACACAUGCUUGAGGUGCAACGACGUAGCAUGAUAGGUGACAUCAGUAGCGGCUUUACACAAUUCCCGCCUACUUACACUGUACCACCUACAACCGUGCUCUCUUUUCCGGAUGAGUUUGAGCCACGAGAUCUGAGUUCUAACCGCACAUCCCAAAGUUUAUCAACCGGAAUUACACCUUUGUUGAUCGAUGGUCAACAAAUUCACCAUCACAUGCAUCACUACAUGCAGAUGCAUCCUCCACAUCUUCACAUAUCUAUCCAGCCCUCGGUAAUGGGGUCGAACGCAUUGGCGGCGCACAUGGUGGCGAUGGUGCGCGCGGCGGAGGCGGCGGACGCGGUGGAGGCGGCCGAGGCUCGCCGGGCCAGCCGCGGUGCCUCGCGCGCCGUCAUCGAGCGUAACACCUACCGCCACGCAUACGCCACGCCCGCGCCCCACCACCAGGACGAGAAGUGCACUAUCUGCUUGUCCAUCUUUGAAGUCGACUCUGAUUGCAGGAGACUACCAUGUAUGCACCUGUUCCACAUGGAAUGCGUAGAUCAGUGGCUGAGUACCAACAAGCACUGCCCUAUUUGUCGUGUUGACAUUGAAACACAUCUAAACAAGGAUGCCACUUUUUAAUGGAUAACAUAGCACAGUUUUUGCUCCAGUUGUGGAGAACUAAUGAUGGCCUGCUGUUGCAACUCUAAACUCUCUUGCUGAAGUUCAUGUGUCAACUGCUUCUGAGCAUUGCAAGUCCUGAGAACAGGUUACAUAAUACUGCCAAUUACUUGUAUAUAAAUUAUACAUAUUAUUAUGUAUUGUUUAUUAAUAUGUUUAUUUUCUAACAUUUUUGUUAUAUCUUUAUUACAAUGUUAAAAUGUCAGAAGAGGUGACUAUUUGUUGACUUUUCAUUAAGGUAAUGUUGUAUCAAAUAAUGAUACAACUAAUUAUUUUAUAAAACAUAACUUUAUCCCGAAGUUCAUUGAAACUAUAUACUAAGGGAAAUUGUAAAAAUUAUUAGAUAUAAAAACGUAAUAAGACUAUUAAAUGUUUUUCCAUU